AUGCAAGAAGAGUAGCAAGGUGGUGGCGGAUAGCGCUAUAUUACUAUGGGAUCAGUUAUAUCUUUAUCCCAUCUUGAAGAUAACGAUUCGUUCAUUUUUAUAGAUGGUCAUAUCAAGCAAAAGGUUAUGGUGAGAAAUUUUGGGUUUCUUUCAGGCAAGCUGAAUGAUGAAAAUUUUGGACAAGCUGGAUUUAAUGUGAAAGAAGAUUAUUUGGCUAAAAAUCUUAAAUUUUCUAGUUGCCUCUUUUAAAUUUUGCCCAAAUUAUCAGAUAAAUAAAAAGAUGAAAUACUUUCAAAGACUAAACCCCCUGAGGAUGAGACUAGCCAUUCAGAUGAUGAGGGAAAAGCAAGUAAUUAGAUAAAGGCAAACUCACGUGCAUAAGGUAGCAAUACAGGAAGUAAUUAAUUUGACACUGUUAAAGAAGUAAAUAUAAAUGAUAAUGAUGAUUAUGAGAGUUCAUAUAAGAAGCCUGCAAAGAAAACUAGUUUAGAUAAAGACAAAGUAAUUCAGCUACAAGGUAAACUGAUGAACGAAUUUAAAGCUAACUACGAAGCAUUUGAAAAAUACAAGCACAAUCGUAUAACAUAUAAUUAGACAAUUCAACUUAUGCAUGUUAAUUCUUCUAAAUUUUUGGCUUGCUAUCCUAUUGAGGCUAAUAUUGAAAAAGGAAACUACAGAGUAACUUUAGAUGACUAUACAUCUGAAAAUACUCUCUUUAGAAUAGUGCCUGCAUUUAAAUAUUAAAAAGAUGGUGAUCUCACUAUUUAUGCAAAUGAAAUCAUUGUAAUUGAAAGAGUCAAUUCCUUCCAUAAUAAAAAGUCGAUACUCCAUUGCUCUGAAGAAAUAAAUUAGAUAAAAUAGAUUUCUUUUUUAGAAACAAAAAGUCAAUUUAAAUAAAUUGAAGCAAAUUUUAAAAAAGCUGAUACUGUUUAAGUGAAGUUGCCAUUAAGAGUGGAAUAGCAUUAGCAUACCAAAAAAGUGUUAAAAAGAGAAGUUAAUAUUUCUAUAGAAAACGAAACAGACCCUACAAAGUGGAAAGUUAAUUUAUUUUCUUAUUUGAUGGAAAGCUAGUAGAAAUUUUUAAAAUGUGGAGAUGUUAUUUGGCUGCAUCACUCAGAAGCAAAUGCUUGUUUAGGUGCUACCAGAAAGAGAGAGCUUAAGGAUAUGAAUUAAAAUGAAUGGCAUUAUAUGGAUUCUAAAGAGAAUCUUUAAGUUAGUAUUGUUCCAUCUGAUAUCUCAACAAACUUGGAAGAAUAUUCAGGAAAUACAUAUGGAAUGUGGAUUAUUGAAAAAAAGAAUUUCAAAGUUGGAGGUUAUGUUUAGUUUGACAACUUUUAUCGCUUAAGACAUCUCAGCAGUGGGCUUUAUCUUUCAGUUGAGAGCCCUCACAGUGAUAAUUCAUAAGGUAUUAGAAAACCAGAAGAAGUACUUCAAAUGAAAUUAGUGUACAUCCCAUCAGAAAGUUCACUAUUUUAGUUUGUAAGCUUAGAAACCAACCAAUUGAGCCAAUAGUAAAAAAUAAUAAGAUCAGAUUCAUUUGUUCAGCUACGUCAUGUUUUAACUCAGACAUGGAUUGAUAUUUCUCAAAAUUAAGAGAUUAAGCAAAAGUUAAAAAAGCAUAAAACUGGAACUAAUUUAGCUUCUGUUUAAGAUUUAAACCAACCACCAUAAGUACAAGAUUUAAAUCUAAUUAAAUAGGAACCUUAAACUACCUCAAUCAGACCUUUCUUGAGUUAAACCAGAAGUGAGAAUUAAGUCUUUAAACUUUUUACUGCUAACGAAAGUGAUGUUUGGGAAAUAAAUUAUAUAAACUCUUCGAGCAAAGAAUUGACGAAACUUCUUAAGAAUAUUUAGAAAUGUUAAGUUUAAAAUUUACAAAUAAACUAAGAAAAUCCUGUUCAAAAUUUAAAUAUAACCUAAGCUGAUUAUUAGAAGAUUAAAUUUAUGAAAAAGAAAUUAAAUAAAUUGAUUGUUUAAAUUAAACAUUUAAAUGAAUUUUGUAAUAACCGUAUGCAUAACAGUAGUUUUGAUUAAAAAUAUGGCUCAAUCAAUCAUUAUAGACAGAAAUUACUUAGAGAAUAAUAUUAUAUCGAUAUUUUGACUUAGCUUUUGAAUAUCAUUUUUGAAUAGCAUGAAAUAGAAUAUUUAAAUAACUUGGAUGACACUUUUGCUGAAAUGAAUGAAAGAAAGUAAUAGCUAAAGUAUAAACAGAACAGAAACAGCAGAAAAUCAUUUGCCCUUUCUUACACUGUACUUAAACCUUAAGACGAAAAUAAAUUUAAGUUCAAUUCUAUUGAUUACAUCAAAUUUAUUAAGCAAAAAAGAUACCUUUGUAUUUAAAUAUACAAACUACUAACUUCUAUCUGUAAAUAAAACUAAGACAACGAAUAAUACAUUUAUGACUUGUUUCCUUUAUUCUUGUAUCACUGCAAAUACGUUCCGCAAGCAAUAGAUUGCUUGAUCUCUAUUAUCGGUUCCAACGAAGCUCUUCUAUUAAAGAUCACUGAUAAUCUUGUCUUAAAGCGUAAGGAAGGAUCUAGGAAUGUGCUCAAUUUUGAUAGACCAGAAUUUAAUGAGAUUGACUAAAAGCAAAAGUAAAGGAUUGUGUAAAAAAGAAAGACCUCUUAGCUUUUGACUAUAAUGCCAAAUGCUCCUGAAUAGUCUGCUUAGACUAAUUCAGAAAACAUUAUGAACUUUUUUAUGGAUUUAGUAUAUGACCCUAAAGCUCCUUUAAAAGCAGAUUACUACAGAUUCCUUAGCUCUGUGUGCAGAUUUAAAAACGAUGGUAUAUCAUUAAACUAAGAAAGUAUUUAUAAACUAUAUAAAAGCAUUCAAAAUCAAAAUUUAUAUGCUUCUAACUUUGUUGAAAAAUUUAAGAAUGGAAUUACUUUCCCUGAGGAUCCUAAAGACCUAAAAUAAUUGUAUCAUUAAUUGACUUUCCUCUCUGAUUUAUCAUUCGGUAGAAACUUCUAGUGGCUAAGAGAAUUAGUUAGACAUUUUAAAUUUGAUUACUUAUUGAAGAACAUUUGGGAAAAUAUUAGAACUCAUUCCACUAUUUCUUUGAGUAGUUGCUUCAGUAAAUUAGCAAUGGCAUUAUACAUAGACCAUUAUCCAUUAUACCGCAUACACAGACCUAACUUUUGCAGGAUAUUUCAUGAUACAAAAAAAGAGAAAUACGUUUAGAGAUUUUAAGCAGAUUAAGUAGAUUUAUAUCAAGGAUUGCUUAACAACUUGAUAAAAUAUUUAAAGGAUAUUUCUGAAAAAGUAGAGUUAGAAUUUAGCAAUCACCAAGCAGUACCUUAAAAAAAAAAUGAUAAAGAUAAGGGUUAACUAGUUAGAUUAGACACAGAGCAAAAAGAAACUAGUAAAGCAAUGGGAGUUUAAAUUUUAAAUGAAGAUUUACUAUAUUAGUCAGUAAACAUGCUUAACUUACUUAUAGAUUUGGAUGUCUUCAACAUCAUGAGUAGAAUUUAAGACUAUGAAAAUAUUAUUUAAUAUUUGCUAAAAAUUUUGAUUUACGAUAGAAUGAAUAUAGCAUUUAGCUCUACAGCAUACUUUAAUGCUAAAGGUAUAUCAGAACAAAAGUAGGAUUCUAAAAAAAACGUACUCAAAAAAUUAGUCAAUAUUGAGGGUCUCAUUAAGCUCGAUGAUUUAAAUAUAUUUGAUGAUGAUGAAAAUGAUGAAAACGAAGAGGAAGAAGACGAAAACAUUGAUGAAAUUAACAAAGCAUCUUCAAAGAUAGAUGAAAACUAACUCUAUCAUAACCCAUUGAUCAGAAGUUACUUAAAGAUGAAUUCUUUGCUUGAAAGCUAAAUUUAAAGCGAAGAAGAUGGAACAUAACUAGAAAUAAAUAUAAAACUAUAAAUAUGUGAUCUCUUUGAUAAGCUACUUGAUAUGAGGCAAGACUAUCUUAUUGAAAAUACAAUUUAAUGGUUUUACAGGAAUAUUGGUGGUUUGAUGAACGAAAAAGAAUAAUCUAAAAUAAAUGAUAUCAUAUUAGAUGGUAUUGCUAAAGUAAUGCCAGAUAUUCCAAAAACAGGUAUUAUCGAAAUUGAUAAAGAAUAUAAUAAACCUAAAGAAGAAAAUUCGUUGCUUAAGGUACUCUCAACUGAUAAGCAAAGGCUUUAUAAAUUUGAAAAUUUCUCUCCAAAUCAAUUUUAUGAUUUGGAUACUUGGCUUAGUAUUUCAUACUUAAAGAAUGAUGAUGAAUUUAGCAAUCCUUCUUUUUCUGUUUUACCAUAUUUAAUGCAGAGCUUUAUUUUAAUGCACAACCCUCAACUGGAAAAGAAAAGCUUAUCAUUACUUAUGAGGUUGUUCAAUUAACGUUAAGAGCUACUAUAAAACCUAAAUAAGCUUGAAGUAAUAUUCGAUAAACAAAAAGCCAUCCUUUACAAAAUAAUGACAGAAAAUAUACACGAACUUACCAAACUAAUUGAGCAAACAGAAGACUGGUUCGAAGAUUUUAUAAAAAAUGAUUAGACUUUUGAUUAAUGCGAGCCAAUUAAUAAAGUCAUGGGAAUUAUCAAGAAUCUUAAAAAUUGCUUCUAUGAUGACUUACAAUUAGAUGAAGUUACACUCAAAAUUUCACCAAAUAAUUCAAAGAAAAUUAUUGAUUCAAACAAGCAAAAAAUAUUUAACUACUUAAAAGCCUACUAGCCAAUCCUAGACUUAAUCAAAGAUGGUAUGCAUCAUUUUAAUGCAAUUAUGUCUGAUAAUUCUUAGCCAAGCAAGAAAAAAUAAAUGGUCUACAAUUUAUUCAAGGACACUUAUGAGUUAUUGAUAAAUUUCUGCAUGAAUAAUGAAGAUAACUAAAUCCUUUUAUAUGACUCAAUAAAUGCUUUACUGCAAUAUUUGCAUUAUGAUGUUGGUUAAAUCACUUUACUCUGUGAGAUUUUUAGAGACAAUAUAAAUUUAUUGAAAGAUAAAUCAAAUCGCUUUAUCAUACAAAGCUUGAUUGAUCUUAUUUUGGAUUACGGAAGAUAACAUAGAGUUUUAGAUUUCUUCAUAAUCUUUUAAAAAUGUUAAAAUACUUAUAUAUUUGAUAACUAAUUGCUCAUUUUGAAUACCUUUUUGCCAAUUAAUGAUUUUGGCGAAGAUGAAUUAAAAUUAUUGUAUUCAUAUCCGAAGUAAACAGGAGACAGAUCCUAAAUUAUUUUAGACUUUAAAAAUGAAGACAAAGAUAACAAUGAAAUUUCCUUCAUAGAUUAUUUCCUCUAAAAGAAAACAGCAAAGAAAGAUGAUACCUUUUUCUACCAUGCAAAACUUCUAAAUAUGCUUCUAUAAACAACAUACACUCAAGUCAUAGAUGACAAAUAAACUAUUUUAAACUCUCUAAAUACAAAAUAGAAUUUCAACAUUUCUAUUGCAAAGUUGAAAUAAAUAGACAGCUAAUUUUUAAAAGAUUGGCUUAUUGAAAAUGAUAAUUUCUUAAAAGAAGUAGCUGAAAUCCCAGAAGAAGAUGAAAACAAUAUCCUAAGCGCCCCAAACAAGCACGAAAAUAUUCUUAUAUUCACUCCUAAUAGAAAAAUGAAUCAAGGUUCUGUAAUUUCUAAUUUCUCUUAGAAAUUCUAAUUAUCAAAAGAUGCAUAAUUUUCUUAGAGAGGUUUUACCCACUUAAAACCCUAUAUCUUAGAUUUCCUCAAGAACGUUUACAUCCUAGGAGAAAGCUAAUCAGUGUACCAAGGUGAAAUUCAACCAUCUUACUAAUUCUUAGAGAGAGUUAUAAAUUUUGAAACAAGCAGGAUUAGGGAUAUAAAAUCAGCUAAUGAAACUACUGAACAAUAUGCUACUUAUAUAUUUGACCAUGUUAUACCAUUUAUGCAAGCCUAUUUUGAUAAAUACCUUUCUAAUAUUGUGCACUACUCAGAAAGAGACAGAAAAGAUUUAUUAGAUAUGAAAUAGUUUGCUAAUGAAUUAAAGAGGAACAUAAGUAUUUUUGAUCACAAAGUAGAAUUUGACUAGAAUUAGAGGAUAAUAGAGUUUUUAAGGAGAGUAUUAUAAGAUGAUGCUAUUUAAAAUGAUAUCCUAAAAAAUAAGGAGGCAAUCUUUAAUUUGAAUGACCAAAGCGACGAUCAUUAAGAUUAAAUAGAUAGUAAUGUUUUUAAAAAAGAUAUGAACUUGACAGUCUAAAAAUCAGAGAGUAAAAAAAAUGAAGACUCUAAUCUUUUAGAAAGAAAUGACUCAAAGGCUGCUGUUGUUAAGAAUAAAUCAGCAUUUUCAAACUUAACAAAUAUUGCUACGAAAUUGAAGAGCAUUAAUAUUUUAAAACAAUUUUCUAGUAAAACUAACCAAAAUGCAGAAUACGAUAGUAAAAUUUCUGAUUAUUCUCUGAAAAAGAAAUGGAACUGUUUCUUGAAGUGUCUAAACUAAACAGAUGAAGUUGAGAAUUAAAUAAAAUUAGAGAAAAUGGCUUUAACAGAAGCUUUAUUAGAGGUAAAGUAGUUAAUACCGGCUGAUGUUUUCAGUUAAAUAGAGCCAAAACCAGAUCGCUUUGGUUUGAUUAAAAAAUCUAUACUUUUCUUGUAGUAUGCUGUAGAAGACUCUACAAAUAAAAAUACAAUUUAGGUCUUAUUGAAAGUUCUUAGAAUUAUGGUAGAAAAAUGCAGUGAAACUCCAGAAUAAGAAGAAAAAAUGCAGAAUAUUCUUGAUCAAUUAGGUGCCACUCGUAUGACUCUUUAUGUAAUCAGUGAAAAUCAUAAAAAUUUAGACUCAGAGUUACUUAGUGAAUUUAUUAAGUUCCUUUGUACUCUAUUAAACGGAGGUAAUAAAAGAGUGUAGAAGACAAUUUAUGAAUUUUAUAUAAGUCAUUAAAAAUCUGAAAUGAUAUUCAAGAGAUUUGAUAAUAUUAUAAGGAAACAAAUAUCCUCAAUAGAAUUAUAGGCUAAGAACUAAAAAUCUAAGAAAAUAAUAAGUGGAGGAACUUUUAAAUAAAUGAGUCAAAGUGAAGGUACUGUUGAUGAAUAAGAGUUUAGCUUUGAUAAUGACAUAGAAGUAAAACUGUUAGAUGAUGUGCUAACCUUCUUACAACUUUCUUGUGAAGGUCACUACUUAGAUUUAUAAAAUUAUUUAAGAUAAUAAUCAAACUCCAGAAACAACUUUGAUAUGAUUAAUGCAGUUGUAGAUUUGCUUAAGACCUACUAUUAUGAAGCAAGAACAUAAAAAAUGUAUGAUAAUAUGUGCUAGUGUUUAGAUACAAUAAAUGAAAUAGUGCAAGGACCUUGUCCUGAGAAUCAAAUAGCAGUUUCUGAAGGUAAAUUCUUGGAAAUUGCUAAUGAUUUACUUACUUCUAAGAAGUAAAAGUAAGAGCAACUAUUAGCUUCUCUAAGUAUAAAUUCUAAGUCUCCAAGAUAAAGUGUUAGAUACAAUAAACAUAACAAUAAAAUGGAAGAGCUUGAAAACUGGCAGGUUGCCAGACUUUAAAAUAAAUGUUUAAUUGUCGUUUUAAGUUUACUCGAAUAAAGGCCAAUUAAUGAUUCCAAUAUAAUUAUUAAAAAAAUCAUGAGAAAUCUUUCACUACAAUAAUUAGAAUACUAACUUGUCGAAAUUUACAAGCUAUAUGAGCAACUUUAUAAGGAUGAGUAUCCUCUAGAGUGCUUAGAAUAUCUAGAUAUAGAUCCUGAAACUGUAUCUGAAAAGAAGUAGCUUAAUUUAGAGUGUGUUACUUAGAAUGGUUUUUACAUCACUUAUUUAAUCCAAUACUACAUGCUUUUUGAUGAAAAACAAGAAAAUAUAUUUACUUCUCUCUACAAGCAGUAUAAAGCAAAGAAAUUAAAAGUAAACCAAAAUGCACUUGAAGGUUUGCUAUAUGGUGAUCACUUGUUUGGAUAGAUAGCAUCUUUUGUUAUGAGCUUAAUAAAAGAAGGUGUUAGAACUGCUAAUUAAAUGAAAGAAUUUGCCUUGCUUUAACUCUAAUUAAAAGGAGAAGAGGAUGAAUUAAGAAGAAAACAAGUAGAGGAAGAUCUUCACAGAAAAAAACUUAAAAAAGCAUUCUUGUUCUUCUGUGAGAAUACGGCACACAUUGAUAUUGUUCGUAAUGGUGAAGUAGAAGUAGUCUUCUUCCAUAUCAUGCCGUACAUGCAUCACUUACCUAAAGAGAAAAAAACAGAUUUCCACGAUGAAGUAGAUCGUUAAAGUGUGAAAUCUAAAGUAGAAUUUUUGGUUGCUAAAGCAGAUGAAUUAAUUGAAAUAUGCAAACAUGAAUCAAGAUUAAACGUAUUGUUCUCUCACAACAAGUUUAUUGCUAUUUUUGCUAACUAUGUUAACUUAUGGAAAUAAAUGACCUUUACAAUGACUUUGAUUUUGAAUAUUUUCAAUAUGAUCAGUUUUGAUGCAACUUUUGGAGAUAGAUUAAAUAAUUACUUGCUUAUUGAUGUUUAAAAUGGAGGCAGAUUUACACAACAAAAAACGAAAAGAAUAUAUUUAAUUUUGGGUAUCAUAAUGACGGUAUGUAGUGUCUUUGUCGUGCUUUUCUUCUUAUUUAAAAAUGUUCCGCUUAUUAUAAAAAAAACUUGGGUUGUAAGGUAUGGUAAAUAAAAGCCUGGUAUAAUCAAAUAAGUGGCAACAUUUGUAAAGCUCUUUUUUAAGAUUUUAUUCUAGUUUUUGCAGGAAAUAGAGGUUAUGUAUUAUAUUGCGUAUGGAGUUCUUGCUGUGCUAGGGACGUUUUAUCACCCACUAUUCUUUACUUUCCACUUAACUGAAAUAUUAAUUAGAUACCCUACUCUAAAAAAUGUUAUUAAAAGUGUCUAUAUUCCUAGAAAAUCAUUUUACUUAACAUUUAUCCUUUUUGUUAUAUUCAUUUAUUCGUUUACUGUCCUAGCAUAUAACUUUUUCUAUACAGACUACUAAGGAAAUUGUGAUAGAAUGGAAGUUUGCUUUUUCUUGAACUUUGAUUGGACAUUUAAGGCAAAUGGAGCAGUUGGAGGCUAUUUAACUUAGAAAGAACCUGGUAAUGGUAAGUAAAACUAGCAAUAUACUGUGGGCAGAUUGCUAUUUGAUAACUUGUAAAACUAUAUAUUAGUCGUUAUUUUAGUCGAAAUUGUCGCUGGUCUUAUAGUAGAAGCAUUUGAAGAUUUAAGAGAAAAAGAAUAAGAAAAAAAUAGAGAUAUUAGUGAUAAGUGUUUCAUCUGUGAUAAUCAAAAGACGGAGUUCAAUAGAAAGCAAGACAACAAUGGAGGAUUUUAAGAACAUAUAAAGCUGAAUCAUCAUAUGUGGAAUUAUGUGAACUUUAUAGCUUAUCUCCGUACCAAAGAUCCCACUGAUUUAUCUGGUAUAGAAAGCUACGUAAUGAGUAAAUUAGAAAUGAAUGAUGUUACAUGGUUCCCAAUUAAUAAAGCGAGAGAAUUAAGUUACAAUAAUGAGGAUGAUGAAGAACAAGAGCAAGAUUUAAUAAGAAACAUGAACAACAGUCUCUUAAGCUCAGUAGAAAAUCUAUAAGAAUUAAAUAAAUUAUUCUCUAAAUAAUCUAAAAAAAAAUAAAAUGGCUGA